AUGGUGCGUGUCACGGACGAGCUGGCGCUCUCGCCCGAGCACAUUGCUCUCUACCACGCCGCCGACCCGCUGCUGGGCCAGCUGCCCGUCCUCAUCUUCCACGGGCCCUCGACCACGGCCAACUACACGCUCAACAGCUCGCGCGUCCAGGUCCACGUCUUCACGCCCGCCGGCUUCCAGAGCUUCCCGCGCAUCACCAUCUCGCCCAGCUCGCCCUUCUACAGCGUCGUCAACCACCUGCCGCGCGAGUUCCAGGGCGACGAGGUCUACCGCGGCCUGGCCUUUGGUCUGUUCCGCUACUUCAAGGAGCUGCCCGACAAUGUCAAGGCGCACCUCAAGGCCGCCUACCCGCCGCCCAAGGGCAAGCGGCCCAGCAGCGCGCCCGCCCUCUUCAGCGAGCAGCAUGCCGCCGACCUGGUCAAGGAGAUGGUGCGCAGCGAAAACACCGCCGACGUCGUCGCCACGCUGGACGAGGCCCUGCAGACCCAGCACGUCAACAACGUCGACAUCGACUUCAUCCUGCCGCCCGGCUCCAUCGUGCCGCAGUCGGCCGAGCUCGACGACAUGCCCGACGACGAGGACGACAUCAUCGACCCGACGCUGCGCCAGUACGGCAGCUACACACCGCUGGUCAAGCUGUUUGGCGAGCCCGUCUUCCUGCCCACCAGCAAGCUGCGCCGCGCGCCCUCAAAACCCACCCCGCUGAAUCGCAACAAGACCUUUACCAAGGACCAAAAGAUGGAGCUGCGCAUGAAGAUGAGCGAGCUCGUUGACACCGAGGAGCGCUACGUGCUCAAGGUCCAGGAGCUCGUCAAGACCGUGGCCAACGACUUCCGAAAUAACGCAAAGAAGCGGUCGGUCGAGAGUCUGAGUCCGUCCGAAGAAGAGCUGGAGAAGCUGUUUCCCAAGUCGUCAGACGGGAUUCUGCAAGUAAACUCGGCCUUUAUCGAGGAGCUGCGCAAGAUUAUGAACGAAACCGAGGAGGACGCCGUCAAAGACAUGGAAAACCCGACGACGAGUCUAUCGUCUUCGAUGAGGGCUGGCAACAAUGCUGCCCCCAAGAAGGAUCCGCUCGGCGCGUUGGCCAUGGCCAAGCUGUUCCUCGAAUGGUUCCCCAAAUUUACCCAGUGCUACCAAGACUACAUCAAGGCGAGUCAGCACUUUCCGACACUGCUGAAUUCAUUCCUAGACCAGCAGUCGAGUUUCCGACAGCGAGUGAGCAGAGCCGGCGAGCAGACGAUUCGCUCGCUUCUCAUUGAGCCCGUCCAGAGGCUGCCGCGAUACAGCCUGCUCAUCGACCAAAUCAUCGCCUCAUUACCCAUCACGCACCCGGCGCUGCAGCCCAUGCUCAAGGCGCGAGACAUCAUCACCAACAUUUGUUCCAUGGAUGACCCCCUGCCAGACAAACCUCACAUCGCAAACCGCCUUCGAAAUAUGGUUGAGGCGUGGCCCGCAGAUCUUGAGCCUCAGGGCCGCCUCAUCCUAGCUGCUGACUUCUUAGAACUCUCGCCACCGUACCAGGCCACAAUCGACUCCGACGAUGCUGGAAUAUUCCUCUUAUUCUCCGACUACAUCGUCAUGCUGAGGAAAUCUGGCGAUAACAACAUGACGGGGCGCGACUUGCUUCGCGAGAUCGACAAGCCCUCGGCGGCAGAGCUGCUCAUUUCCAUGACGAAUGCUGCCGGCGGUCCCAGCCAUUACGAGUUCAUUUUCACGGGCUGGCAUCAUCUCGCAGAUGUUCGUUUUACGGAAUCGGCCGAUGGCCACCUCAUCUGGAUGACGUCCAGCGCAGAGAUGAAGGGCAUGCACCCCGGAGAGCACAAAGUUCCCAAGGCCAUCACAUCACGGUGUUUCCUGCUGCAAGAGGCCUUUGAGGGCAAAGCCGCAAAGUGGAGUGAAGAUGUCGUCAAAGCCAGGAUCGAGGCACGUUUCCCCGAGGUAGAGAGAGAAGAUCCUAGCUGGACCCUGCGAUCAGUGCGGAUGCCUGAAAACAACCUGGGACUGCACGCUGCGUUAUUCCAAGAAGGAGCUGAUCAGCUCAUCGAAGGCCGACGCGAACCGGCUCCUAUCCGAGUGGUGGUCGACCAUGAAAAGGGGACCAAGGGUGCUCCAGUCGGACAUUAUGGCAUCGAGAUUGUGAUUAACGUGACGAGCAAGAAUAUGAAGAAGAUUUCUCUGCUCACGGUGGGACUGAAUGGGAAGCAGUACCAAGACGACGUGGCUCUGGAGGAUUUCCUUCCCACCAUGUCAAGACGAAUCAUGCAGCUCUUGAGCGUCCAGUUCAAUGUCUCUAACCGGGCCCUCACUGCUCCCAUGGUUUCCUACCACUCCAAGAUGCUGCGCACCCUGUGUCUAUCCAACCGCGCUGAAAAGACACGAUCCUUCCUGGCGGCGUCCCCUGUCAAACUCUUCACCAGUCUAUGGAGCGGCUCCAACAACGCUUCCGAGACUACCCUUUCAGAGGCCAAACAUCCACACCAAGCCUCUAUCCAGCGGGCCGACAGCCAUCACUCCAUGUAUGGCUCCAUCAGAGGGAAGAACAGCACCAAUAGCAGACAAGCAGUGGAAGAAGUGAUGCCGGAGAAUCCUCUUGUUCGACUGGAGCAGACGUUUGAGGCCUUUACCACUGCUCUUCAAUACCGCAAGGGCUCCAUCCACGGCAGAACAUUGUUACACCGCGCUUCGGCUGACGAAUUGCUUGUCAAUGAUUUGUACAAUAGGCUCAUUGAGAAUCCGCAAGAGGUGGAAGUGGCCAACGACGUGGGAACUGAAGUCGUCUUUACGGCAUUUGAAAACUUCCUCCACAUUGCCUGGACUGAACAGAUAGGACCUGUGACGACCAUCAAGAUGCUCGACACUCUGCAGGAGCGAGCCAACAAGCGUGUCCCGGGCGAGUUUGCCGACUUUGUCAACUUUUUGUUCAAAGAGCUGGCUCCACAGAAUCGAAGAGCGUUUACAGCACUGAUUAAGCUGCUGGCCGACCUGCUCGAUGGCUGUAGCAAUGACAGCGAUCGUGGUGCGCUGACGUUGGCGUUUGCAGAGAUGCUCGUUACCGACGGCACCGCAGCAAAUUACAUCAACUUAUUGGAUCGUCUAGUCGAUGAUUGUGACAGGAUAUUUGGAGAGGCCACGUACGCCGGCUUUAGUCUAGCCGAGCUGCAAUUGAUGGAGUCGUUCCAGACGCGCAGUAGUGGCGGCGUCGCGAGCGGCAACAAAUCUCACCAGGGCUCCGUGACAUCCAACACAUCUUCGCUACGCCGCAAGUUUGGCCUUGACAUGCUGAUUCGACAAAACUCAAACUCCAAGGAGGAGCGCACUUCUGUCUGGCGGACUCUGCGCCAACGGUCAACCGAUGACAACAUCAUCCACAAGAGAUUUACUCUGGGCAGGCCGGGAUCCGGGGAUAGGCCUCACGUAGCUACUGCCUUUGAGGACCCCGUGAGACCGCCCAGCAACCAUCGCAUGGAGUUUCCGCUCGACACCAUUGGAGAGCCCGCGUAUGAACCGUCGACACCCGGAACACCCAGGAGGCAUCACAAGAGGAGAAGCUCCCUGUCUGAUCUCAAGUCGCUGAUAGAUACGACUAGCAUUGACGAGGAUCGAGAGGGAGAGGAGAGGGAGAAUGCGCUGCAGCCUCUUCAAAACACAAAGGAGACGUCGGAGAGGCUCAAUGGUAGUCCCAAUGUGCUUUCUCCUUCCAAGAUGCUCAGUCCCAAUGCGUCACAGCUCCUCCGGUCGCCCCGACAAAAAGAAAACUUUUCAACCACAGAUAUAUAUGGCAGCAUACGGGGAUUGAGAGCGGCGUCACCCAUCAAGGAGAUCCAGGCCAAGCUGGAACAGGCAAUGCGGGGAGAAUCUCCAAACAGGCAGGAUCCACCUCCUUCUAGGAGACCGAGACCGACACAUAGCAAAACUCUAUCGACGUCCAACAUUCCAACGCUGCUGCCGCCGCGGCCGAUCCGGCCAGGAAGCUCAUCCGGCGAAUCGCCGAGCCGACAAUCUGGCAACGGCGGCAACGGCAGUCCUACGCGAACUCCGGCACAAAAGCUCCGUCUGCAGUCUCCUCAGAAGCUGCGGGAGAGGCUGCAGACGGAGAAGACUGCUGUGGGCGAGGUGGAUGCCAUGCUGCAGUCAGAGCUGGUCAAGAUUGGUGAGGAAAUGGCCAUGGUCAAUAGUGGUACCUUGUCCGAACCCCAGACAAUCAGUCUGCAACGGUUGUCUCAGUCAGUAGCAUCGCUGGAAGAUCGAAUGCCGGUGGUGAUGCAGGACCUUCAGGAUAAGCAAGAUGAGCUGCAGCGGGAUGUGGAAAUCACUCUCAAGACGACAGAGUCCAAGAUGCGCUCCAUUGAUCAGCUGCACAAGGAGGCCGUGGCAGAGAAUGAGCUGCUCUAUGAGCGAUUCAAUACCGAGCUGGCGAAGAUUGUCAAGGCCCUAAAGGGUAAGGGCAAAGAAGACAAAGAAGAGCUCAUUGUCAAGCUGAAGAACCAGGGAGAAGAGCUGGCGAGGAUGAAGAAGGAGAAUGCAAAGUUGAAGCGUGAGAUGAUUAGCCUACGGGCGGCGCUGAAGGGGACAGAGUGA